AUGGAUACGCCUGCUCGUCAUUAUGUGCCGACUCAGGAGUACACAAAGAGAGCCCCCUCACAACCUCGCAUCCCAGUCGCUCUUCAACCGCCUUCGAGCAGUGGACCAGGGGAUUUUCAGUCUCACGAUUACAGUGAGGGCGAUUUCAUCCCCCCCGGUUUCUUUGAAAGGGUCGACUCGCACAAUUUCACACAGCGACCCGAUCCACCCGAAUGGGUGUAUGAAAUGCGCAGAUACGCUCAACCGAUUCUGUCGUUCCUUUACCUUGGACCCCAUUCGUGUGUGAAAGACCUAGAUUACCUAAAAAAUGAAGGAUUUACCCUUCUCCUUGGGAUUCGAAAUCGAGUCUCAGCGCAGCGCCACUUGCUCUCGGGAGCGAAUGCCGCUGCUGAACUAGAUAUUGAAGCAGAUUGCAUCGAUGUCGGUGAUAAUCAAGAGCUGAUAUCUGCCUUUCCCCGGGCAAUCCGCCGUAUCAACGACCAUCUUGCCUCGUUCAAUAAUACGAGCGGCACGGAAUUAUCAAUGGUCCCGAAGAGGAAAAUUCUGGUGUUCUGUGAGUCCGGCAAUGAGCGUUCGGCAACCGUCGUCAUUGUGUACCUCAUGGUAAUGUUGAACCUGAAUAUGUCGGAAGCGAUUAGCAUGGUUCAACAUUGUCGUUUUUGUACAAGUAUCGAGGAUCCCAUCAGACAGAUCCUCGCGAGUUUUGAGUCUAUCCUGCAAGCGAAACGAGACGUGGAGAGGACCAGGCGUACCUCCGGGACCCUGGCAUCAAAUGCCCUUUCGCCAACAACCUCCAAGAAGAGGAACCUUUUCGAUCGAUCUCACAAUACAAUGCAGAGAGGAGAUGAUGAUGGUGAUGAUGAUGACAGUAUGGAUGAGGCGGACGCCUUUAUGAUUGAUAGAAUGGCCAUGGCCCCCUUUCAAGAUCGUUAA